AUGAUUCCUGCCCCAGUCACAGCUUCCUCGGAUGAUCGCAGACACCAGAUCACUGACAAGCAGACGCUAGAAUGCCCACCAGCCAACAGAAAUCAACUCCUAGGCGCCAUCAGCGAUCAACGAUCGCUUGUGAGACCUGCAGAAAUCGCAAAGCUUCGUCGCAAUCGGACUUCUAGAGUACAGCAUCUUCACACCCCUUCGAACAACGCCCUGCCGGGGGUGAACCGCGCCACCCGGCCUCAGGAUAUUUCAUCGCCUGCUUCUGACCAUCCCCGAGAGACAAUAAACCGCUACGAGACCGAUCUUAUAUCGAGGAGGGAGACUCCUUUGCUGCCAAAUAAUGCAGAAAGUGAGGAGCGAUACGGGCUCGAGAUUGCUGCUGCUGCGUUGGGACAACCUCGAAGAGCAGGCGGAGUGCCUUUCUACUCCGGAGCAGGAACUGGGCCAACAUCUGCUUUGGAAAUCUGCUUGUCUGACCAGUCACUGUCAAAACAUUUCCUCGUGCCGUCGAGUCCGGCUGUACAUCUCGCCGAAGAGGAUAAGAAGUAUCUCGAAAGCAAGGGUGUAUUCACAAUGCCAGCCCCCGCAACAUGCGAUAGUCUUUUACGAGCCUACUUCCAUCACGUGCAUCCGAUCAUGCCAAUCCUUGAGCCAGACGUGAUUCUCGAACACCACCGCACUGCCCGAUUACCGGAAAACAACGUCUUGAUAUUUUGGUGCAUCUUCUUUGUGGCGUCGAACUUUAUUCCUCCCCAGGUAUACGAGCAGGAAGGGUACGGAUCGCGCAAAGAGAUGAAGGCCGCGAUGUAUGCUCGGGCAAACAUAAUUCUACUGCAAGCAUCGUUGCUGAUGGCAUUUUGGCAUUCCGAAGCGGAUGAACACACACAACCAUGGUACUGGAUGGGCAUUGCCAUUAGCUUCUGCCAAAUGCUAGGCCUCCAUCGAGACCCAGAUCUAUCCACAUACAAUUCCUCGAUCACGGAUCGCCAGCGACACCUUUGGCGAAGAUUAUGGUGGUCCUGCUUUUCGCGCGAUCGAUGGUUGAGCCUGACCUUGGGCAGACCGUUGCGAAUCAACCUCCACGAUUGUGAUACGCCAAAGCCAUCCGUUGAUGACUUUCUGAGCGAUGUUGUAGGCCUGUCUCCGCAGAUGACAUCCUACCUACCAGAAAACCUGAAGGUAUUGGCCAGCCAUUGGGUUAAGUAUCUGGAAAUCAGUGCUAUAUUAGGCGAUGUGAUUAGCAUGCACUACCAGGCGAGUAAGCCUAGGCCGUCGCUAAAAAAUGUCAAUGACAUGGAGAUCAAGAUAUCCCAAUGCACUGUUCCAGAACAAGACGAUCCGAGUUUAUCUCGUGUUGCUAUCUUCGGCAUCUACCACCUCCAGUUGCACUACCAUGCACUUGCGGGAUCAUUCUAUCGGCCGUUUAUUACUACGUUACCGAAAGACCUCGACCCAGUUGACAAAGAAGGCUGGACACAUCGUAUGCGACUGAAGGCCGACGCAGCAGCUUCUCACACAAACACUGUCGUCGAAGCUAUGGCCCAAGACGGCCUGCUUGAAUUUUCAGGGCCCAUGACACCUCCCCUCCUAGUCCCAGCAAUGCAAACCAACCUCCUCAACUGCAAGAUUGGCAACUCCUUAUCUAAACGACUUCGCUUCAACAAACUUAGUAUGUGCAUGAUGGUGAUGGAAGAACUUCAAAAAACAUACACCGUUGCGUCCAUAUACCGCGCGAUCUUCGCAAGGGCCAUCCAGCUGCUCUUUCCAGAGAAUACAGAGACUACUUUACCAGGAUACCCUGAUGCUGGCGCCGACCAUAAUCUAACCGAUACAUCGCGAUUGGAAGAAACUGGUGAUGUUAUGGGGACAGCGGAGAUCGGGGCCAUAAAUGCGCCGGGUUAUAAUGAUAUUUCGGCGGAUGCUUUCGUCGAUCUGCUCAUGGAUGAAGCGUCUAUAUUCAAUUUCUGGGAUACGUGGACCGGAACUUGA